CACCUGAGUGGUCGCUCGCGUGUGGUGCGGGGGAUGCGGUAGGACGUCGGAAACCGCUGAAACAGGAGGCGGGGAAUAAAAACUCAUUUGUGUUGAGUUUGUUUGUUUGACAAGUGAACGAGGACUUGUUUUUUUCUACGACUUGGUGGAUUUUAGUUGGCACGGUGAAACGUUAUGGAUUUAGGAGUUGUGAUUUUUUUCUGGAUUAAUAUUCUCGGACUUUACACAGGAUAAUGACCUCAAGGGCACGGGACUAUCAUCCAUUUUAUGGUUUGUUUUGAUUUUAAGUUGACCUGAAAAGCAAAAUUUUAGGUUAGUUUAAAGGGACCACAAGAACACGGGUCCGUCCUUUAGACCAAAUUUGUUUUUGUUUUAUUUUAUAUGGACAUUAAGACUUUAAUAUCACUUUUUGUUUGGUUUAAACUAAUGUCCAAAACCGCCAAACUUUAAGACCAUUUUUGGAUAAAAUGGAGACGAUGAGGUUUUUGCUCUUCCUGCUGAUCCAGAGUGGGUCCCAGGUCCACGCAGCUUCCAAGGAGAUCUCGUGCGAGCCCAUCACGGUGCCCAUGUGCCGCGGCAUUGGCUACAACUUGACAUACAUGCCCAACCAGUUCAACCACGACACCCAGGAAGAAGUGGGCCUGGAGGUGCACCAAUUCUGGCCCCUGGUCCGGAUCCGUUGCUCACCGGACUUGCUGUUCUUUUUGUGCAGCAUGUAUACGCCCAUCUGUCUCCCAGACUACCGCAAGCCUCUACCGCCGUGCCGGUCGGUGUGCGAACGUGCCAAACGUGGGUGCUCGCCCCUCAUGAGCCAGUACGGCUUUGAGUGGCCCGAGCGGAUGAGCUGCGAGCGUCUCCCCCGACUGGGCGGCGACACCCUCUGCAUGGACCAAAACGGUAGCGAGGCCACCACCUCGCCGCCAUCGUUCUCCAAGCCCACGCUCAAAAACCGCCCCAGACCUAACUCGCUGGCCCAAGGUGAGCACGAGUGCCGCUGCCGGGAGCCCCUGGUACCCAUCAAAAGUGAGUCGCACCCGUUGUACGGUCGGGUUCGCACGGGGCCGCUCCUCAACUGCGCCCAGCCGUGCUACCAAGCGUACUUCUCAGAGGAAGAGAGAACCUUCACCACCCUGUGGGUGGGGCUGUGGGCGGCACUUUGCUUCACAUCCACCCUGACCACAGUGGCCACCUUCCUCCUGGAUAUGCAGCGUUUCAAGUACCCGGAGAGACCAAUCAUCUUCCUGGCUACUUGUUACCUCUUUGUGUCAUUGGGCUAUAUCAUCCGACUGGUGGUGGGGCACGAGCGGGUGGCGUGCGCCCCCCUCGCGGACCAGUCCCACAUCCUGUACGAUACGGGCGGUCCCGCUUUGUGCACCCUGGUCUUCCUGUUGGUCUACUUCUUCGGCAUGGCCAGCUCCAUCUGGUGGGUGGUUUUGUCUUUCACCUGGUUCCUAGCCGCGGGUAUGAAGUGGGGCAGCGAGGCCAUUGCGGGAUACAGCCACUACUUCCACUUGGCUGCCUGGCUGGUCCCCAGCGUCAAGACCGUACUGGUUCUGGCCCUCAGUGCUGUGGACGGGGACCCGGUAGCCGGCAUCUGCUACGUGGGCAACCAAAGCUUGGAGAACCUUCGAGGCUUCGUCCUGGCCCCCUUGGUGAUCUACCUAUUCGCCGGCUCACUCUUCCUCCUCGCUGGUUUCGUGUCGCUCUUCCGCAUCCGUGGUAUCAUCAAGCAGGGCGGCACCAAGACCGACAAACUGGAACGCCUCAUGAUCCGAAUCGGGAUCUUUGGGGUUCUCUACACAGUGCCUGCCGUGGUGGUGGUGGCUUGCCUGGUCUACGAGCAGCACCGCCGCUCUGACUGGGACCGAGUGCUGGCCUGUUCUUGCGCGGCCGAGCGCCAGCGGCUGGGCGGCGGACCUGACUACGCUGUCUUCAUGCUCAAGUACUUUAUGUGCUUGGUGGUGGGCAUCACUUCAGGGGUUUGGAUCUGGUCUGGGAAGACCUUGGACACCUGGCGGAGGUUCUUGGCACAGUGCUGCCCCUGGUGGCCCCACAAGGUGACGGCCCCACCCCCUGUGUAUGCGGAGGCUGCCGCUUUAACAGGACCUAUCCCCGGAAUGUACCAUAAAGCUUCGUCCCAUAUAUGACAAAAUCCUUUAAACCUGACAGCAGGAGUUUCAGACCUUCAGGUCCAUGGAGCUACACUGGAAGCAGUACUUCCGGAUUAACUAAAAUUUAUUUAUUGAUGUAAAGAUUGGAAUAGGUUCUGACGCAGGGUUCAAGUCCUGGUUUUGAAUUAUGAAGCGGACUGUAUUGGACUUGCGCUUCCAAUAUAUCUCGGAAACCGCUUUGGCCCUUUUGCGCCAUCUGCUGGUGAAAACAGCUUCUAGACUGCCCACAUAAAUAAGAAACAAACGUCAAGUCAUGUGACUGACUCAUUUUGUUUAUCACCUUUUGAAAAAUGAUUAAUAAUUGUCUGCUUAAAAUUCUGCAGUUGGAACAAAUGUAAAUAUAUGUUUGUGUCUGAGCAUUUUUUUUGUGUAAAUUUUAAUCAUACAUACAAAACAGUCAGGCACGUGACUCGUUUUGUGUUCAUUCAUAUGUGGACAAUGCUAAUGUUGACUUGAUGUCCAUCAUUUUCAUAUUGAUUUAUACUAUGGGACUUGAAAUGUUGCUGUUGCUCAUUUUAAAUGAUCAUAAUUUAAAGUGGGUUGUUGGAUAUGAUCAUUUACCUGUCAAAAACCGUCACUUACUUUAGUUGUAUAUUUGUUUGUAUAGAAAUUGCAGAUGUGGGUACAAAUCAAGCACUUUGUUAACACCACUGUGCUCUUUUCUUUGGAUCAGAGCAACACAAUGUACUCAAAAUGGUGGUUUGCAUUCUGAUUGCUCCUGUUGUUGUUUUUUUAUUUGUCAUUGAAAUGUUCUUUUUCCUGAAGGCAGUUGAA